GGCCGGGAGGGCGGCGGGUCGCUCCGCCGGCGGCGGCGUCAACGCGGGGCGGGCGGCGAUGAGGAGGCCGCGGGUGCGCGGCGGGGGCCGGGGCCGCCGGGGCUGAGCUGCUGCUGUCCUCCCUCCCUCCUUCCCUCCUUCCCCCCGCCGGACGGGGGUGGCGAGGGCCGUCCCGCCAUGAACUUGGCCAGCCAGAGCGGCGACGCCGGCAGCGGCCAUCUGCUCUUCGCCAACUUCAACCAGGACAACACAUCCCUUGCAGUUGGCAGUAAAUCAGGCUACAAAUUCUUCUCUCUUUCUUCUGUGGACAAAUUAGAGCAGAUCUAUGAAUGCACUGACACAGAAGAUGUGUGCAUUGUGGAGAGGCUGUUCUCCAGUAGCCUGGUGGCCAUAGUUAGCCUUAAAGCUCCACGCAAGCUGAAGGUUUGUCACUUUAAGAAGGGGACAGAGAUUUGCAACUACAGUUACUCCAACACCAUUUUGGCUGUCAAACUCAAUAGACAGAGGCUGAUAGUUUGUCUGGAAGAGUCUCUUUAUAUACACAACAUACGAGACAUGAAGGUAUUACAUACAAUCAGGGAGACACCUCCCAAUCCUGCAGGGUUGUGUGCUUUAUCAAUAAACAAUGAUAACUGUUACCUGGCCUACCCAGGAAGUGCAACUAUUGGAGAAGUACAAGUCUUUGACACCAUCAAUCUGAGAGCUGCUAAUAUGAUCCCAGCUCAUGAUAGUCCCUUGGCUGCUCUGGCGUUUGACGCAAGUGGUGCUAAACUUGCCACUGCAUCAGAAAAGGGGACAGUAAUAAGGGUGUUUUCCAUUCCAGAGGGACAGAAACUCUUUGAAUUCCGAAGGGGUGUGAAGAGGUGUGUGAGCAUCUGUUCGUUGGCCUUCAGCAUGGAUGGCAUGUUUCUGUCUGCAUCCAGUAACACAGAGACAGUGCACAUCUUCAAACUUGAGACUGUGAAAGAAAAACCUCAGGAAGAGCCUACAACCUGGACAGGUUACUUUGGAAAAGUGCUGAUGGCCUCAACCAGCUACCUGCCCUCUCAAGUCACAGAAAUGUUCAACCAGGGCAGAGCCUUUGCUACAGUCCGCCUGCCCUUCUGUGGGCACAAAAACAUCUGUGCACUUGCCACAAUCCAGAAGAUCCCUCGUUUGUUGGUGGGAGCUGCUGAUGGGUAUCUCUACAUGUACAACCUAGACCCCCAAGAAGGAGGAGAGUGCACACUAAUGAAGCAGCACAAGCUGGAUGGCAGUAUGGAGCCAGCCAACGAAAUUCUGGAGUCCGCAUCCCACGAUCGGCCCUUGGUAGCACAGACCUACAGUGCUGCUGUGACUAAAGAUGGCUGCCCGAGCUCAUCUGCUGCAACACUGAGCUGCUCGUAACUGCAGGUGUGAUGUGGAGCAUGGGUGAGCAGUAGGAAAAGAGCACUUGUGAUGUACAGUAGCCUCCUGUAGAUGGAUCACUGGUCUUUGCUACUUUCUGAGUAGAACUUUGUCUCAGAUUGUGGUUGAUUAUUGUAGUGGUAGUUGCAGUGCUUGCCAAACAGUUCUUGAGAUGCCCCAACAAGAUUGUUUCAUACAGGAGUUCUGCAUCCAGACCCCAUGCAAAGUGUCUGAAUUAUAGCCCACCUUUUGUUAACAAGGUUGAUAUGUGCUCCUGUCAUUCCUUUAUGGGAACAGUGACCAUUUAGCCUGAUUUGGUGCUCUGUUAAAUUGAGAGGAUGAGAAUUUGGUUAAUGCUGCAGCUCUCCUAGUGGAGCUUCUACCAUCUUUGUGUGGUACUCAGGUCAGCUCUUCAACUGCACAGGAAGGACAGCCUGGAAGUCUGCACGUGUAGCAGCACUGCUGCAGUUGCAGUUGUAACGCAUGGGUGGAGAUUAAGAAGAACAUCAGCCAGCCCAAAGCACAAGCAGGUGUUGUACAUGUGCAGAGCAGUUCAGUUGUGAUCAUAAACUGGUCUUGGCUGGGAGAAUCACAGUCAUCAUAAAAGCAAACAUGGGGCGGCAGUGAAACCGUUGCAAGUCGUAUCUGCCACUUCAGCUCGAAUCAUUCACCUUGAAUCCAAACCUUAGUUUGUGCUGCUGAUCCCCCAACUACUUGUUCCUUUC